UGACCAACUCAGGAAAUUCCUUCUCCCAAAGAUUUCCUCACUCAAAUCAAAUCUCAUAAGCUCUCUGUUUCUACUUUGUUGCUCCUCCCCACCAUUACCUCCUCCGGCUUAAUCUGCAGUUUCUCACAAAAAGACAGGAGCAGCUCUUCUCCUCGGAAUCGCUUAGUCUUUUCUGUCAGGGUUUAGGCUGACUACUGAGAAAAUGGAAUUCGCCCACGAGAACUGCAAUGGCAACGGCAACGGCAGCAUCAAAAGCUUCUGCGUCCAACAAGACCCACUGAACUGGCAAAUGGCCGCCGAGUCUCUCAAGGGAAGCCACCUGGAUGAGGUUAAGCGCAUGGUGCAAGAGUACCGGAAGCCGGUGGUCAAGCUAGGCGGCGAGACCCUUACCAUCUCCCAAGUGGCGGCCAUCGCCACUCACGACGCCGGUGUCAAGGUGGAGCUGGCGGAGUCGGCAAGGGCCGGAGUGAAAGCGAGCAGCGACUGGGUCAUGGAGAGCAUGAACAAGGGCACGGACAGUUAUGGUGUCACGACCGGUUUCGGUGCAACUUCACACAGAAGAACCAAACAAGGAGGAGCCCUUCAGAAAGAGCUUAUUAGAUUCUUGAAUGCUGGAAUCUUUGGGAACGGAACGGAAUCGUGCCACACAUUGCCUCACUCGGCGACCAGAGCGGCCAUGCUGGUGAGGAUCAACACCCUCCUCCAAGGAUACUCUGGCAUCCGAUUUGAGAUCUUAGAAGCCAUCACUAAAUUCCUCAAUAAUAACAUCACCCCAUGCUUGCCCCUGAGAGGCACCAUCACCGCCUCCGGCGAUCUCGUCCCUCUCUCCUACAUCGCCGGCCUCCUCACCGGCCGCCCCAACUCCAAAGCCGUGGGACCCGAUGGCCACAUCCUUAAUGCCAGCGAAGCCUUCAACCUUGCCGGGGUCAAUGAUGGAUUCUUUGAGUUGCAGCCCAAGGAAGGUCUUGCACUUGUUAAUGGCACCGCUGUGGGGUCUGGUUUGGCCUCAAUGGUUCUCUUCGAGACCAACAUCCUCGCUGUCUUGUCCGAGGUCUUAUCCGCCAUCUUCGCCGAAGUGAUGCAAGGCAAACCGGAGUUCACCGACCAUCUGACUCACAAACUGAAGCACCACCCCGGACAGAUUGAGGCUGCAGCUAUCAUGGAACACAUCUUGGACGGAAGCUCUUACGUCAAGGCAGCUCAGAAGAUACACGAGAUUGAUCCUCUCCAGAAGCCCAAGCAAGACAGAUACGCUCUCCGUACAUCUCCCCAGUGGUUGGGCCCCCAAAUUGAAGUGAUCAGAUCGGCGACCAAGAUGAUCGAGCGGGAGAUCAACUCCGUGAAUGACAACCCAUUGAUCGAUGUGUCGAGGAACAAGGCCCUCCACGGUGGUAACUUCCAGGGGACCCCCAUUGGCGUUUCCAUGGACAACACUCGCUUGGCGAUUGCCUCCAUUGGGAAGCUCAUGUUUGCUCAGUUCUCCGAGCUUGUUAACGAUUUCUACAAUAACGGGUUGCCUUCCAAUCUAUCAGGCGGUCGCAACCCCAGCUUAGAUUAUGGGUUCAAGGGUGCCGAGAUCGCCAUGGCUUCUUACUGUUCUGAACUCCAGUUCCUCGCCAAUCCGGUCACGAACCACGUCCAGAGUGCAGAGCAACACAACCAGGACGUCAACUCCUUGGGCUUGAUCUCUUCCAGAAAGACAGCCGAAGCCGUCGACAUCCUGAAGCUCAUGUCUGCAACAUACAUGGUUGCACUGUGCCAAGCAAUCGAUUUGAGGCACUUGGAGGAGACACUGAAGAGCACAGUCAAGAACACAGUGGGCCAACUGGCCAAGAGGGUUCUCACCAUGGGCGUCAACGGGGAGCUUCACCCAUCCAGGUUCUGCGAGAAGGAUUUGCUCAAGGUCGUCGACCGCGAGUACGUCUUCGCCUACAUUGACGACCCAUGCAGCGCGACGUACCCACUUAUGCAAAAUCUCAGGCAAGUCCUCGUCCAGCAUGCACUCCUCAACGGCGAGAAUGAAAAGAACUCCAACACCUCAAUAUUCCAGAAGAUCACCGCCUUCGAGGAAGAACUGAAGGCCCUUCUGCCCAAGGAAGUCGAGGGUGCCAGAAUCGCGUACGAGAGUGGGAGCCCAGCAGUCCCCAACCGCAUCAAGGAAUGCAGAUCCUACCCGAUAUACAAAUUUGUGAGGGAACAGCUACACACAGGGUUGCUGACCGGCGAGAAGGUCCGAUCACCGGGCGAGGAAUUCGACAAGGUGUUCUCAGCAAUGUGCGAGGGGAAAAUGAUCGACCCACUAUUGGAUUGUCUCAGGGACUGGAACGGUGCUCCUCUCCCAAUCUGCUAAGACUACUAUUUGCUGUUUAUUGCAUUAAUACGCCGUACUUCUGUUCUUUAUCUAAGUUUCUUUGUAAUAUUUUCAUGGAAUCGCCACAGUGGCGAUGCCGGCAUAUUGUGAUUUUCGAACCGUUUCUGUUACUUCUUUGCUUUACUUUAUUUUAUUUUUAUUUUUAUUUUUUUUUGGGUUUGUUCUGUACCCUCUCGACGAGUUUGAUGCAACAUCAAAUGUAAAAUAUAUAAGCUGAUAAGCAGUUCUUCACUUUCUUCA